GCUGUACCGGAGUACGAGCAACAAACACAAGAUCUCACCAUGGAUCUUGUGCUGAAUGUUGCCGAUCAUUACGUCCUCACCCCGUAUGUGUACCCGGCCUCCUGGCCUGAGGACGGGGCCCUGCGGCAGAUCGUCAGCCUGCUGGUGCUCACCAACCUGGGGGCCGCCGUCCUCUACCUGGGCCUCGGGGCCAUCAGCUACUUCUUCAUCUUCGACCACAAUCUGAUGAAACACCCACAAUUCCUGGAGAAUCAGGUUCGGAGGGAGAUCAAAUACGCGAUGACCUCACUUCCUGUGAUCAGCAUCCCCACGGUGGCUCUGUUUUUCGUUGAAGUUCGAGGAUACAGCAGACUGUACGACAACGUCCACGACUCCCCGCUAGGCUGGCCCGGGCUCUUCCUCAGUAUGAUCUCCUUCCUCUUCUUCACUGACAUGUGCAUCUACUGGAUCCAUCGCUUCCUGCACCACCGGCUCAUUUACAAGCUGUUCCACAAGCCUCACCACAUCUGGAAGAUCCCGUCUCCGUUCGCCAGCCACGCCUUCCACCCGGUGGACGGCUUCCUGCAGGGCCUCCCGUACCACAUCUACCCCUUCCUCUUCCCGCUGCACAAGCUGCUCUACCUCGCCCUCUACGUCUUCGUCAACAUCUGGACCAUCUCCAUCCACGACGGGGACUACCGUGUCCCCCCCGCCCUCACGCCCGCCAUCAACGGCUCGGCGCACCACACCGACCACCACCUGUUCUUCGACUACAACUACGGGCAGUACUUCACGCUGUGGGACCGGCUGGGGGGUUCGUACCGGCACCCGUCGGCCCUGCUGGGGAAGGGUCCUCACGAUCUGAUCCGGAAACUUCAGGCGGAGGGGAAGUUAGGAGAGGACAGAGGGAAGGGGAGAGGGAGGGGAGUCACGUGUAAAGAGGAGUGACUGAAGAGGUGAUCAAGGGAUUUAUUUUUGUAAAGACAAUGGGCUGAACUUAGAUACUCCACCACACUACAAUAAGGUACGGUACGAGCAUCAACAAGGACAGAUAUUUAGACGAGAAACCAGUGAACAAGCAUUUAACGUUACAAAACAACCACUGAAGUCCAAACGUUCAAGACCCUUUAACGCACUUUUAACAUAGGAUGCACAGAUGAGUGCUUCAGUCUUUAAAGAACCCAUAAAAUGAACAUUUUAAACAUAAUUUAAUGGACAUUUUCUGCAAGUUUAACAUGUUUUUACCAGAGCAGCUUAAUGCUCAGAGCUUUGAGUCGGCCGACGUUUAAACACACGUGUGAAACCGGUCCAAACUGGUGCAGAUAUUUUGUAAAACGUCCGAGCCUGAUGCCAACAUUUUGUAUAUUAAGCAAUUAGACUUCCACCAUAACCUUUAACGGACAUUUCCUCCGGGAUAUAAACCUGCAUUUAAUUUAGGAGUUACUUGAGUGUAGACAAUGUUAACAUAGGGUGUCUCGAUGGGUUGACGUACGAUCUUUGGGCUGAUUUUCCUUGUGAUGGGUGGUUUUAAACGUGCCUGUUUGCUAUCCUGGCCUCAAAAUGGUAAAUUAAGCUCCAUAUUGAUUUCAAGGACAGCAGAAAGUCUACAUUUCUUCCAACAUAGACUGAAAACUGUUUCAAAUGCUAACAAUUGGUUUGAUUCUUUGUUGUUUUGGAUAGAAGCUGAAUCAAAUAUUCCUGUCUUUGCCAAAUAUGCUUCUGUGAGAUUUUAAAUGGGGUGGUGGUGGUGGGGGGGGGGGGUUCAAUCAGAGGGUCAGUGGUUUGAUCCGCAGCCCCAGCAGUCAACAGGUCUAAGUGUCCUUCCUUCAUGUCCACAGGACUGCAGUGUGUCAGUCACUUUGGAUAAAAGCGUUAGCAUGUAGCAUGUUAGCAUGUAUUAGAAGCUAGUUUUGGGAUCGAUAUACUGAAUUCUUUAACGUACCAAUCCAGCUAAUAAUCCACAGGCACAUGGACGUGAGGAGUCAGAGUUCCUGUCCUGCAGUGCUUUGAUAAAGAAGAGUUCUGCAGAUCCAAGAGACGUCAUUUAAUGGGAGUUUCACUUCAUGAUUCAACAAUUAGUUUUUGGUUUUUAAUUCAUAUUGAAUCUUAGGAACGUGGCGGAUGAACACCUUACAGAUUUCUAAACUGUAGAAGAUUAAAUCCUCCGGUUCAUUUCUCGACUCAUGUCUUCUCCCUGUCAGCUGAGGGGACUGCAUCAUCUUUAGUGUGAGAAUUCAAUGCUGUUUUAUGUGUUUUGACAGACUAAGUAGAAAUAAUUUUGGGAUAUAAAUAAUAAUGAUGAAUACAGGAAUCCAACUUUGUCCAACGUUUUACUUUGAAAUGUGACUGUGCUUUUGCAAAUGCAUUAAAUAUGAGAGCUCAUUCUGGCCUUAAACAAGGAGACCUUACUCACUUUGUCUGCUGCUUUUAAGCCUUAUUUUGACACAUAAAUCAUCAUGAUUUCAUCUGAAGCAUCAUAAACUCAUUGUGACCUAUCA